GUACGGUACGGCGAGCGUCUUUUAUACAUUUAACCUAUUACAAAGCCACUCUCGCAUGGGUGUUGAAAGCGACCGUCUCGUAGAAUGCGCAAGACACGUAGGAACGCGCGUCGUGCGUAUUUUUUGGUUAAGUAGACAAAGAUAGAGAGAGAAGAGAGAAACUUGACGUACUCGACGAGACAAAUCGCCAGCCAAAUUAGACCGAAAAUGUGGAGUCCUACUCACGUACAAGUGACAGUUCAAAGAGCGAAGGGGCUAUUGACCAAAGGAAAAAACAAGAGCAACGAUUGCUUCGUGACGAUUGCCCUCGGCAAGGAAAAGUACCAGACCUCGGUGAAAGAGAAGGCUUCCAAGGACGUGGAAUGGCACGAGGAAUGCGAACUGGCCAUACCAGAACAAGGAAAUACCGCGGAAAUCGUCCUCACGGCAUUGCACCGUAACUUCCUCGGCGUCGAUGAAUUUCUCGGCACCGUUAGCAUUCCCUUGGCGAGUUUCGACGUUUACGAGAGACCCAAGAAUAGAUGGUAUACGUUGUGCAGUAAACCGGGUAAAGAGAAUACGAAAGACAGGGGCGAACUCGAAGUGAGGAUUGGCUUUAUAGUGAAGGCUGGAAGUUUGACCGAUCUCACGAGGAAGGAACGACACAAAAGUUCCCUCGGACAAUUGUCGACCGCGGCCCAAUCCAUCGGGGGUAGUUUGUUGAGUAUAGGUAGUAUCGAGAAGCGAAAGGGAUUGAAAAAAUUAGCCAAGUCUAUUGGUAAUCGCGUCAAAGGAAAGAGCAAAAAUAAAUUGAACAAAGAGAAUUUGGACGAAAGGGAAGAAGAGAAUGGAUUUCGUGCGACCAGCCAAGAACCCGGGGAAGCCGAUCCUGGUGUGAUCAGUGAGGACGAGGAUGAAUUUACGUUCGAUGAUCUGUCCCACAAGAGUUCAGCCUCAUCGUUGAAUGCGCCGCCGACGGUUGCUACUGUAAACGGUACGAAGAAAAGCAACAGCGUGACGUCGGUCGCAUCCGCUACCUCCUUCGGUCGCAACAAUGUCGGCCACGAGCAACAACAACAACAAACGGCACCGGCCAACGUGGCCCCCAACAAGCCGCCGCGUUUCGCCACGAGUUCCUCGACUUCGUCCCUAUCCAAAAUCGACAAUCAAAAGGAGGACGAAUGGGGCCUGAAACUUUAUGGGAAACAGUCUAACGCUCCCAAGAGAUGGGAAAGUACCAAGCUGAAUAAUCCAAAGAUUCUGGUAGAUGAGCCGAAGGACGAUAGGUCGGAUCUCUCGCCAACGCACUCGCCAUCGCCGUCGUCUAGAUUUAGAGACACCUCGGAACCUCCGAGUCCAGCUCCGCGUGAAAUUAUCCAACAGAAGAUUAAUAACAAAGACGAGAAGCCGGCUUUGAUCAAGGAUAAAUUUUCCAAGGAGAAUAAUUUGAAGGAUAAGAGGGAGGAGAAGUUUGUCACGCGGAGUCCAAGGGAGGAGAAGAACGCGAAGAAGGAUAAGAAGAAUAAAGAGAGGGAGAACAAAACCAAAGAAAUCAAAGAGGAGAAGAAUCGUCCUUCCUCCUCGGAAAGGAUCAUUAUAGGGGGAGAGGACGCGUUUAAGGGCGAACAUUUAACUAAACAUCGGCUAUCCCAUGAAAUUCUUUCUCAAUUUGACGGGAAAUCUAGAGAAGAUUUGAUAGAACUGACGCUACAGCUUCAAGCGGAGGUAGCGGACAAAAAGAAACGUAUGGUCGAUUUGGAAGAUUACAUAGAUUCGUUGUUGUUGCGUGUCAUCGAGUGUUCACCUCGUUUACUACAGAAUCCAUUUCAAACGCAAAGGCGCCUAUCGUCUCCUGGACAUCAGUGAGAAAAUCCACACGUAUUCUUCCAAUCGAACUGAUAUAUAUAUAUUAUCUCUGUUAAAUAAUGUCAUUUUAUUCGCAAUGUGAGGCGCCCCUUAUUACUCUCGUUCGAUCAUUCGACGUUAGAGAAUGUUUGUGCUUUUAACUUAUUCCUCGUGAAAAUCAUUUUAGCGUAUAGUCCUUUUUUCUUUUUUCUUUUCUUUUUUCUUUCCUCCUCGCCCCUUUUUAAUAAUUUCCACAAAUUUAUGCAUCGUUAAGUUUUAGUAGUAUAAAUCUGGAUAAUGGUCAUUGCUUGCCUGUUACUUUGCCGUUAAUUAAUAUCAUGCAUUUAGUAGCAUCCAAGCAUGUAUCGAGCAUUUUCCUGUCUUCCCAGUAUAACAGAACACGAGAAUCCAAUAAAAUUCGCGUUUUUUCUUACUACCUAUGUCCGUCCAAAUUAAUCUUACUGGAUAAUAUCUAUAAUAGAUCUUUAUAAUUCCAAAUAAAUUAUUUGAAAAUGAGAUAAUGAUAAAAGAGACCAAAAUUUUAAAUAUAUUUUUACAUGUAUAGAAAAUUGAAUAAAAAUAAAUAUACUUGUGCCUUAUGUAUAUCCGAAAGAUCUAAUAGGUCAAAGUCUAAA